AUGACCAAGUGGGUGAUGGCGUCCCUUGGGGGUGGCUGGGAUGUGGCUCAAGGUGACUUCGAUUUAUCGGACGCCCUCGAUGAUAACAACCCAGAACCCACCAAGAAACCAAGUUCAGACAUCUACCCCCGACCCAAGCCACCCCCUGUCCACCCCAAUCCCGGAGGUUCCGAGGGAGGAGGACUGUACCCCAACCUGCCCAGGCCACAGCCAGACCGUCCGGACAAUGGGGGAAACAUCUACCCCAGACCCAAGCCGCCCCCUGCACACCCCCAGCCCGGAGGUUCCGACGGUGGAGGUUACUAUCAUGAUGGCCAUGACGAUGGCCGCUACCCGCCUAGGCCCAGGCCGCCGUCAGGCGGCGGAGGAGGCGGCGGCUAUCAUAACCCAGGACAUGACGGUUACGGGAAUACGCACGGAGACGGAUAUGCGACCUACGGAGACCAACAUGGCGGCAACACGGUGGCUAAGGUGGUCUCCCCUAUCGUGUCCAUGGUGGUGGUGACUCUCGUCGGGGCGGCCGUCGGCUACUACAACCGGAGGGGCGGCGCCGCCUGCUGCCGGAGGAACUCAGCCCCAGAAAACGUCUGA